AUGAAAGCUUAUUAUUUGUUGGGGCUUUUCACAAUUUGUUCCAUAGUUCUUGGAGAGAAUGUAAAUACAUUUAAAAUAGAUUUUAAGGUUUUAACGGGAGAUGAUAAAAGAGAUCUAUCAUUUGAGGAAAGAUCGUAUUUCACUAAAAGAGAUUCUGCAGAAAUAGAAUUAGGAAAUAGACAGACAUUCUAUUUAGCUAACAUUGAGGUAGGAUCUAAUGAAGAAGAGAUAGGGGUUUUGGUUGAUACAGGUUCUUCUGAUUUAUGGAUAAUGGCACAUGAUUUAAAUUGUGAAAGAUCUUCGUCAUCAAAGAGAGAUAUACAAAUAGAUAGUAGAUCAUCGGAACAAGUGCGUGAUGAAAACAAAGCCUAUGUUAAGGGAAGUCGCAAAGAUGUGGAAAAAAUCUCAAAAAGUAACAAAACCACUUUUUCCGAAGGUUCAGAGACAAAUCUUAAACCUGUAUGGAGUGUUAUCUCAAACUCAAGCGAAGUUUCCAUUUCUGGAAGUAAUUACAAUAUACAUAACCUUAUGGAAAACACCAAGUCGUCAGAUAAUGAAUGUACGAGGUAUGGUUCAUUCAAUUUUUUAGAUUCCGAUUCCUUUUAUCGAAAUCAGUCAGCCAGUCGGUUCUCAAUUAGUUAUGCUGAUGGAACUUAUGCGCGCGGAUUUUGGGGUACCGACAAUGUUAGUUUUGGCAAUGUAACGGUAAGGGACUUAUCAUUUGCAGUUUCAAAUGACACAACCUCAGAUAUAGGGAUAUUAGGCAUAGGGCUUCCUGGGUUAGAAACUACAUACUCCAGCCAGUUUGGAGGUAAUUAUCAAUACGAAAAUUUACCUUUGAAAUUAAGAAAUCAAGGAGCUAUUAAUAAAGCAGCUUAUUCAAUUUAUUUAGGUGAUGAAGACUCAAGAGUUGGAACACUCUUGUUUGGGGCAGUUGAUUCUGCUAAGUACUCUGGUGACUUACAGACAGUGCAGAUUGUAAACUCAGCAAGAAACUAUGGCUAUUCAGAGCCUAUUAGAAUAGAGGUUAUUGUAAAUGGAAUUUCCUUGAAUGAUUCAAAUAAUGAAAUCGAAAUAACUUCCCAUGAUUACACAGCUGUUUUGGAUACGGGAUCUACAUUUUCUUACUUCCCUACCUCUCUUUUAAGAUCACUCGGAGAAGCCGUAAAUGGGAGAUUUUCGUCAUCUUUGGGGGCUUAUAUAAUUGACUGUAUUGAUGAUUCUUAUUCCUUCAUUAUUAACUUUAGUGGAGUUACAAUAAAUGUACCUCUAAAAAGUUUGAUACAAAGAUAUAGCAAUAACCAAUGCUUUUUGAGUAUUUUAGAACAAUCAGGUUCUGAUUACAUAUUAUUUGGAGAUAAUGUGUUAAGAAGUGCCUACCUUGUUUUCGAUUUAGAUGAUUUGGAGAUUUCUAUGGCACAAGCCAGAUAUACAACAGAGGAAAGUAUUUCAGUAAUUUCCUCGACUGUUCCUUAUGCUGUCCGGGCUCCGGGAUACUCAUCCACAUCUCUCCCUAGCUCAGUAGACGAUUCUGGAGGUCCAACUGGAACCCUUGGUAGUGAAUCUAAUUCUGGCGGAAGAAGUUCCAGUGCAUCAACGAACCGUUUUUCAAAAGCUAAGAUAUAUGGAUUAUUUAUUGGAUUAGUUUUUUUGAUACCGGUGACUUUAUUUUAA